UAAAACAGUUAAGGCAAUAAGAGAAAACUGUUACUCGGGGUAGUUUUUCUCUGGUGACAACGACAUUAACGGUAUAGACCAACAGCUGAACUACCGCAGUGUCGUCAGGUCCUUCAGCUGGAUCGAAGCAAACAGAAGAAAUGAGAGAGAUUGUCCACGUACAGGGAGGCCAGUGUGGUAACCAGAUUGGCGCCAAGUUCUGGGAAGUGAUAUGUGACGAGCAUGGGAUCGAGCCCACGGGAUUUUAUCACGGAGAGUCCGACCUCCAACUGGAGCGAGUGAACGUCUACUUCAACGAAGCCAGUGCCGGACGUUACGUGCCUCGAGCGAUUCUCAUGGACUUGGAGCCUGGGACAAUGGACAGCGUUCGGUCGGGGCCGUAUGGACAGAUAUUCCGGCCUGAUAACUUCGUCUUCGGCCAGACGGGAGCCGGGAACAACUGGGCCAAAG